AUGGCAUCUCAGUCUAGUUCUGAAGACAGUGGUGAGGUGGAAAUCGACUACAACACAUUACUCGGAGAGGAUGUGAAAAGCGACGCAGGGUCAAGUACACUGGCGAAGGAGAGGAAAGGGAAAACACCUACACAAGGGGAGUUGAUGAAAGCAUGUCACUUAGCGACCAAAGGCGAGUGGAGAGAAUGGCUGCAGUCAGACCUUCUCUGCCCAUACUGGGUAGAGUUGUGGAACUCGUACUUGAAGAAAGCAGCACUGGCAAAAUCUGAGCGAGGUGUAGGGUUGAAUAUAGUUCAGGAGAGAAUGGUGAGUGGUGAGAGCCUAGGAAAUACGAAAUACUCCGGGAGGAAUCCGAAUAAAGAAUUGUGGGACGAGGCAGACCACCUCGCGUGUUUUGUAUGGCAUGUGAAACACGAAAACACCCGGUCAAAUAACGGGGUCUUCUACAAUCGGAAUUUAUCAGACACAGCAAUUGAGAAGAUAAUAUGGGGUCUCAAGGAUUGGAUACGCCAAAAACACACCCCAAGUUACAUUGACACUGCGAUGGGUGGAACAGCCCUGUUUGGAACCACUAGGGAAGAAGGUGAAAAGUCUGUUGAGACAAGAGGGACCAAACGAAAGCGUGAGGCUAAAGAGAAUUCAAGCAAAAAGCAAGUGGUGCAGACAAGUGGUAAGGGAUUGAACACAAGUGACAAGGACACGGAUAUGGACAAGGAAGAUUCAAGAGACGAAGAUUUGAGCGAUAAAGAUCUCGAAUCUAUGAUUGACGAAGAAGAGUCCGACAAGGAUACGGAAGAAAUCAUUGCGGACGGAGUCCACCAAAAUUGGGACGAAGAAAUUCUGAAGCCAAAACGGAGGCUGUACGUCUCUCGAGUGUCAGACACAUUUGACAUAAAAGAUCCCUACUGGCAGUACCUGCUAGUAGUGCAGGCCCUUGACCGAACCAAACGGAUACCAGAAGACAAUGCCGUCAUCGAUAUUGAUGAGCAUGAACAGGCGGAGGCCAUCAUAAAUAACGACGAUGUUAUAUCGGAACCUGUUCAAUCUGAUCGACGCUCUACAAAGAAGAAGAAAUACACGGCCGGAGACGAGUUGAAGACCGAUGUAUUUGAGAGCGUAAAGUACCAGGAUGCGGAGGAAUACGAUCCGAAUCGUAUUGCUGAGGCGAUGUCUUCGGAUAUUAUGCAGCCUACCCAGACUGGCCUAACCGUCUUUGAAGCGCAGCGUGAUUGGUUUAAUAACCGAGAUUUUCAGAGAGAAGACCAUGAUAUGGCAUGCUCAAUGCUCGGCAUUGAGAACAAAAAAGUUUGUAGAAUCCGAGGGAUGAGACGCUCUGCUUGCCUAAAGUUCUGGCAGCCGGUCAUCGUGUGGGCGCUGUUUGAAAUGAGGUUCAAAGCCUACCUAAAAGGCUGUAUAUUGGCAGAUUCUGUUGGGUUGGGGAAGACAUGGGAAGCUCUUGCCUUCAUACUCAAGAUCGUGACAGACUUCAAUGAGGAGUGUGAGAGGGCGAGGCGGAAAAAGGCACCCUAUCCAGAUGCCAAACCGAAUAUCAUCGUACUCCCACCUGGGCUCAUACAGCAGUGGGCGCGGGAAAUAACAAGUAUGACCUCGGUAUUUGACCUCUAUAUCUACUACGGGGAUUAUAAGAUUCAGUCAAAUGUGAGCUCAAAGAUCAUCGAGGAAAGACUUACGCGAGACCAUGAGUUGUUUAACAAGAAGCCGGAGACUGCCAGAGCCCUGAUCUUGACUUCGUACCAGACAUUAAACUCACGUCACGGGCCUGGUGCGGUAAAAACAGAAAGUGAAAAAAGGGGACGUCAAUUUAACCCAACAUCGCCUAUGAUGCCGAAUAACUGGAAGUAUUCCUUGGCAGGCAAGUUUAAUAUCGGACUCUUUGAUGAGGCGCAAGAAUUGCGUAACCCAACGUCAUUCCAGAACCUGGCAUGCCAGUGGCUCGCAUGUUCGUGGAAUGUACUACUUACCGGAACCCCUUGGUAUAACAGCGUACACGACUUUAGAGGCUACAUGUCUCUGGUAUUUAAGGAGCCAAGUGCCUGGGAUGAGACAUUACUUCAUCGUCGUAACAUGAAGGUUAAAGACAUAUUCGCGAUCGAAAAAGGGCAUCAGUUGGAAUACAUGCUGUGCACCAAUGAAGCCAUGGAAACCUAUAUUUUUUCUUACCCCCCCACGGCUCGCAUAGUCGGCGAACGAAUGCGUAGAGUCCUCGCACUCCUCAUGGUCCGAAGGACAAUCAUGUCCACAAUACCGUUUCAAUGUGGAAAAAUGAUCGGGUCGGACAUACCUGGCUCCCAGAAAAAGAUUUUGACCGUGAAAUAUGAUGAAUACGAGCUUUCGACAUACAAGAGUGCUGAAAAAGAGUCCCGAAGGGGACUUUUUGUCCGCGAUCACCAAGACAGAAAGAGGUUCUUCUGGAAUAGCAAGAAACUGCGGAAGCUCGUAUUAAUCGCUUCCUGGCUCGGAUUCAUUUUCCUGUCAAGCUCAUUAGAAGUUUCAAAAAUACCCGCAGCACUUCGACUCUUGGAACGAGGAAUCUUGGUAGACACCUGGAUCACCCAGGUCGAGAAAAAGAUUGUCGUGGGUGAGGACAUGACCGUAAAGGACUUCUAUCGGACCGCGAAAGCUAAAAAACACGAUACGAAUACCGCCCGUCUCGAGUUUCUGUUACGCGGCUCUCCCAAAAUGAGAGCCAUGCUACCAAUCAUCCGCGACCAAGUCCUGCUGUAUAAGGAAAAGGCGAUUAUUUGGACGCUCUAUCCUGCUGAGCAGGUCUAUGUGGCCGCUGUUCUCAACGAGGUAGGGUUGGAUUACGGCGUCUAUCACAGCGGCCUGAACGUAAGUGAACGCAGCCGACUGGUCGAAAAAUUUAACCACAGUGCAUCGGAGUGUAUGGUCCUGAUCAACUCGUUUUCGGUGAACAGUGCUGGCCUUAAUCUGCAAAAUAAAUGUAGAAAUGUUCACCUGUUCUCCCCUACAAUUUCCAAAUCCAUCCGCAACCAAGCCAUUGGGCGAUCCUGCCGGCUAGGACAGAGCCGCAUUGUCCUAGUAUACGAAUAUAUCGUCGAGGACAGCUUCAACACUUAUCUGCAGGACAGAAGCGAUAGUAAAGCGUUUACGGGCCUUAUAAUCGAGAUGACCUCACUCAUAAGAAGUGAUGCAGAUGAAAUCGAAGAUAACGGUCUGUGCAAGACUGACUUGACCCGCUGGGUCAUCCGCGGUACAGAGCUUGUAUACUUGGAGAGCGGCGAGGAAGCGGAAGACAGCGACGUCCAAGACCCUGAGCUAGUGUUUCGGAGGGUGUUAAAGGCGAUCGAGGGUGAGCAGGAAACUGAAGCCGUUGGGUAG